AUGCUGGUUUCCAACAGUUCAUAUGUGGCCCCCAAAUCUUUUAUUCUUAAUGGAAUUCCUGGUCUAGAAAAAGCACAUGUAUGGAUCUCCCUUCCAUUCUGCACAAUGUAUAUCAUCUCUCUUGUGGGAAAUCUUGGCCUCGUGUACCUCAUUCAUCAUAAGGAGUCCUUACAUCGUCCAAUGUAUUUCUUUCUGGCCAUGCUCUCCCUCAUUGACCUCUUUACCUGCACCACCACUCUACCCAAUGCACUCUGUAUCUUCUGGUUUAAUCUCAAGGAAAUUAACUUCAAUGCUUGCUUAAUCCAGAUGUUCUUUGUCCAUGGGUUUACAGGUGUGGAGUCUGGUGUGCUCAUGCUCAUGGCUCUGGACCGCUAUGUGGCCAUUUGUUACCCACUGCGUUAUGCUACCAUACUCACUAACCCUAUCAUUGCCAAAGCUGGACUUGUCACCUUCUUGAGGGGUGUGUUGCUGAUGAUUCCUUUUCCAUUCUUGGUCAAGCGUUUGCCCUUCUGCAAAAGCAAUAUUAUCUCCCAUACAUAUUGUGACCACAUGUCAGUGGUGAAGUUAUCCUGUGCCAGCAUCAAGGUCAAUGUCAUCUAUGGUCUGAUGGUUGCCCUUUUGAUUGGAGUGUUUGACAUCUGCUGCAUAUCCGUGUCUUAUACUAUGAUCCUCCGGGCAGUGGUCAGCCUCUCGUCAGCAGAUGCUCAGCAGAAGGCCUUUAGCACCUGCACUGCCCAUAUAUCUGCCAUCAUCAUCACUUACAUUCCAGCAUUCUUCACUUUCUUUACCCAUCGUUUUGGAGGACACAUUAUUCCUCCUUCUCUUCACAUCAUUGUGGCUAAUCUUUAUCUUCUUCUUCCUCCAACUGUGAACCCCAUUGUUUAUGGGGUGAAGACAAAACAGAUCCGAGACAGUGUCAUAAAGCUCUUCCAGGGUGAGAAAGGUGCAAAUAUUUAG